AAAAAAAAAAAAAAAAACCGAAGGCCCAACCCAAGUUGUAGUAGUAGUACACAGUAAUCUUCUUGUCAGGGAUAUACGGAAAUGACGAAAAUGCCCCAAUCUCCAGAACCUUCCCAAAGCCCCUAUGUCUCUCUCUCAAAAAUUCAGAAACCCCUACUAAAACCCUAACACCCCACCCCUUCUCUCCCUCUUACACUCACGCUCACUCUUUCUCUGACUCUGUUCUUUUUCUUCCCAAAACAAUGCACAGGCUCACUCGCCGCUCCGUCUCUGCUAUCCUGCGCACCGGUGGUGGCGCACGUUACCGUAACUCCGCGGCUCCGAUCUCCUGCUCCGUUCCCAUCUUCGACUCCGUGGGAGAGAGCGAGUCAAGAAGCCGAUGGUACUCAGUGUUACUUCCCAAGAGAAGUCAUACCGUCAAAUCUUUGAAUCAAGUACAGCAUCUGAAGUUUUUGGGCAAGAGAUAUGAGUCGACUUCUGCCGCAUCUGAUGCAUCGGCCACUCCACCAGCUGAGAGAUAUGAGUAUCAAGCAGAGGUCAGUCGCCUUAUGGACCUCAUAGUUAACAGCUUGUACAGCAACAAAGAGGUGUUUCUUCGGGAGCUUAUCAGCAAUGCAAGUGAUGCCUUGGACAAGCUGCGGUUUCUCAGUGUUACACAGCCUGAUCUUUUGAAGGGAGCUGCUGAUCUUGAUAUUCGUAUUCAAACUGAUAAGGAAAAUGGGAUUGUUACUAUCACUGAUACCGGCAUUGGUAUGACUCAACAAGAACUUGUUGACUGCCUUGGAACUAUUGCGCAAAGUGGAACUGCAAAGUUCUUGAAAGCAUUGAAGGAUAGCAAGGAUAUUGGCGGGGACAACAAUUUAAUUGGUCAAUUUGGUGUGGGAUUUUAUUCAGCAUUUCUUGUUUGUGAUAGAGUUGUUGUCUCAACAAAGAGCCCAAAAUCUGAUAAACAAUAUGUGUGGGAAGGAGAGGCCAAUGCGAGCUCCUAUACCAUUCGGGAAGAAACAGACCCUGAGAAGCUUCUUCCUAGAGGAACCCGCCUUACACUACAUCUUAAGCGUGACGACAAAGGUUUUGCACAUCCAGAACGGAUUCAGAAGCUUGUGAAAAACUACUCACAAUUUGUUUCAUUCCCAAUAUACACCUGGCAGGAAAAGGGAUUCACUAAAGAGGUUGAGGUUGAUGAGGAUCCAGCUGAAACCAAAAAGGAUGGACAAGAUGAGCAAUCUGAGAAGAAGAAAAAAACAAAGACUGUUGUUGAGAAGUACUGGGACUGGGAGCUCACUAAUGAGACCCAACCAAUAUGGGUGAGCUUAAGAUUUCUUUAUUUGCAUCUUUAAUGUGCUUGAAAAAAAUUUCAUACAUAUACUGUACACCAACUAAUUAAGCUGUUUAUAUUUGCUCCCAUGGGAAAGGAUGACAUAGUCAAUCCCAAGACCAAAAAUAUAAGGCUUUACGUGAAACGGGUGUUCAUUUCAGAUGACUUUGAUGGAGAACUGUUCCCACGAUAUUUAAGCUUUGUCAAAGGUGUUGUGGACUCGAAUGACCUGCCACUCAAUGUCUCACGUGAAAUUCUUCAAGAGAGUCGAAUAGUACGAAUAAUGAGGAAGCGUUUGGUUCGGAAGGCCUGAAUGAUUCUGGGUAUAUCCAUGAGCGAGAACAAAGAUGAUUAUGACAGGUUUUGGGAAAACUUUGGCAAGCACUUGAAAUUGGGUUGCAUUGAAGAUCGUGAAAAUCACAAGCGUAUUGCUCCAUUGCUUCGAUUUCUCUCUUCCCAAAGUGUGGAUGAGUUGAUCAGCUUGGACGAGUAUGUUGAAAACAUGAAACCUGAACAGAAGGAUAUCUAUUAUAUGGCUGCUGACAGUGUGACAAGUGCUAGGAACACACCCUUCCUGGAGAGACUUCUUGAGAAGGAUCUUGAAGUGCUGUUCUUAGUUGACCCUAUUGAUGAGGUUGCCAUCCAGAACCUCAAAGCAUACAAGGAAAAGAAUUUUGUAGAUAUUAGCAAGGAAGAUUUGGAUUUAGGUGAUAAGAAUGAGGAAAAAGAUAAGGAGAUAAAGCAGGAGUUUGGCCAAACUUGUGAUUGGAUUAAAAAACACUUGGGUGAUAAGGUUGCUAGUGUUCAAAUUUCUAAUCGUCUGAGCUCUUCACCCUGCGUUCUGGUAUCUGGCAAGUUUGGUUGGUCUGCCAACAUGGAGAGGCUAAUGAAGGCACAAGCUGCUGGUGAUACCUCUAGCUUGGAUUUCAUGAGAGGGAGAAGGGUCUUUGAGAUCAAUCCUGAACACCCAAUCAUCAGAAACUUGAAUGCUGCAUGCAAGAGUAACCCAAAUGACGAAGAUGCUCAGAAAGCCAUUGAUCUUUUGUAUGAUGCAGCCUUGGUUUCUAGUGGUUAUACUCCUGAAAAUCCAGCACAGCUUGGCGGGAAGAUAUAUGAGAUGAUGGAUAUAGCUCUUUCUGGCAAAUGGUCAACCCCUAUUGAGGUUCAGCAUCCAGGAGCCAUCUCCAACAACACAGAAACAGUUGAAGCUGAGGUGGUUGAACCUGUUGAAGCGGGUAGCCAAAAAUGAAGAUCCAAAUAUUGUAAUAUUUUUAUUUUAUUUUCGUAUUUCACAUGUAUACGCCAUGCUGUUGGCACUGCCUUAAUUUUGAGGUCUUAGUUUAGAAAUGUUAGGGAGAAUUUUGGGUGUAAUGUAGAAUUGAUUGGAUUUAUUGAGAACAGUUUAGCAAUCAUCAAAGUUUUACUCUCUAUGUUGUGAUUUCAUAA